AUUGAAGGAAAGAACACUGAAAGAAAAGCAGGGCAAAGCAGGAAAUAUUUUGUGGUGGAAUUUGUAAAAAAUAUAUUAGUUUUUUCUUUAGAAAUUUUAUGUAUGUGACAACAGCAGCUAAAAUAUUAUAUGCACAGAAAUGGAAAGAAGAGAAGGUUCCACCGAAGGAGGAGUGGCUUUUACAUUUAAUGGACUAUGCAGAAAUGGCAAUGCUGACAGCAAAAUUAAGAGAUCAAAAUGAUGAACUUUUUAUAGAAGAAUGGAAGCCUUUCAUGGACUAUUUAGAAAAAGAUUACACUCAAAUGAAAUUGUGGGCAGGAUUGGAGAUUAAAGAAAUUAGAGUAUAUGCUUUGCUAGAGAGCCUACACGUCAAGAGUUGUAAAAACAGUAAAACAGAGUGUGAAAAGACCUUGUUGGGAGAAUCUGUUCACUCAGUCUGUAAGUGUCCUGUAAGUGACAUUCCAGGAUGAAAUUAGAAACUAGGACAAAUUCUCUAAAUCAGGGAUGUCUCUGGAAAAUAGGGAUAGUUGGAGGGUCUGAUUUUGUGGGUUCCCCAGCAGCAGCUGCUGUUCUGUUUCACCAAGUAAAGUCACAUCAAAUAUCACAAUGUUGUGUUUAUUGAAGAAAUCCACCACAAGUUAAGCUAUAUCUAGAACUAUACCUGCUGUGAGCUGCUUCCGAAGGAAAACAGACCUACAUAAAUGCUGCACCCUGGAAUUGCCACACAGCUCAAAGAAGCAGGGCCAGUAUAACAUCAGGCAAAUAAGUUAAUUAUUUCCAGGUAUUGUGAUCCCAAAGUUUGAGUGUUUUUACUCAAAGGGACGUUGGGAUUUUCUCUCUCCGUUUCCAAGAUAAUUAUUGUUUGCAACAGAUAAUUUCUCAGACAUAGGGGAGAAAAGGUUAGCUUACGAAAGAUGUCCCAGAGGUCAACCUAGAAGGUAUUUAAAAGGUAUUUGCUUGUUUGCUUGGUUUUUAGAGGGGCAGGAAAGACCGGAUAGGCUGGAAUUCUGGUGACUUCAUUAAAGAAGAAGAAGAAGAAAAACCCCCUAAUGACCCUAGAUAGCAUAAUAGGAAUGCAAAGGUGGAGCCAGUAAACAAAACUCCCUAUAAACACUCCAAAAACCAAGCAUUCAGCAGGUUUCCAAGGAUCGUGCAAAUGGCUUUCACCGAGAAAGACUUCUAUGCUGCACAUUUCAGUCCAAAAGACUAUUUGGACACCUUUUACAACUUCAGCUCUGGAAAAGAAAACAAGAAUGCCUUUUUGUUUUUCUUUCUGAAAAAUCUCCACCAGGCAUUCACUUUAGAUGACAUAAAAGGGGACACCCUGAUUGAUAUUGGAAGUGGACCGACCAUCUACCAGUUCCUCUCGGCUUGUGAGUCCUUCCGAGAAAUUGUCGCCUCAGAUUAUUGUGAUCAGAACAGGGAGGAGAUGCAACGAUGGCUAAGGAAGGAGCCAGGAGCUUUCGACUGGAGCCCGGUGGUGAAAUAUGUGUGCGAGCUGGAGGGUAACAGGGAAAAGUGGGAAGAAAAGGAAGAAAAGGUCCGAAGAGCCAUUAAGCAGGUACUGAAAUGCGACGUGACCCAGGCCAGCCCAUUGGGCCCUGUGGCUCUGCCUCCAGCGGACUGCUUGCUGUCCUCCUUAUGCCUGGAAGGGGCCUGCAAAGACCUGCCCACCUACCGCUCUGCUCUGAAGAACAUCAGCUCCCUUGUCAAACCAGGGGGGCACCUCAUCUUAGGCUCCGUCCUAGAAGAAACCUACUACAAGGUGGGCCAGCAGCCCUUCUCCGGCCUCUACUUGGAGUGGGCAUCUGUGGAGGAAGCCCUCAAGGAGGCAGGCUUUGCUGUCAAGUUGUUCAAGGAGACCAAGAUCGAUUUGCCACUAUCUGAGACAGACGCAAAGGCAUUCGGCAUUGUGGUGGCCCAAAAACGCCAGAGCUGAAGGGAAGACCACUGAAAGAAUAACAGGGUGAAGCAGGAGGGGUUUUUUUGGGGGGGGUAUAUUUUGUUCUGGAGAUUGGGUAUUUCUGUAGAAAGUCUAUGUAUGUGAUAACAGCAUCUAGAAUAUUACAGGCACAGAAAUGGAAAGAAGAGAAGGUUCCACUGAAGGAGGAGUGAAAUUUAAAAUUAAUGGGCUAUGCAGAAAUUAGAUUUGCCAUACAUCCAGAAUUUCCCAGACAUAUCUGGAAUACUGCAGUCAGAAAUAGUGCCUGGGAAGAAAUUGGAGAAAUGUCUGGGAAAAUCAGGACGUAUGGCUGCCCAUGUCGGCAGUGAGUUUUUGCUGAUUUCCCUUAAAAAUAGCUCAGAAAUGGCCAAUUUUUUUUUGAAAUAUGGCAACCCUAGCAGGAUUGGCAAUGCCGAAAGGGAAAUUAAGAGAUCAAAAUGAUGAACUUUUUAUAGAAGAAUGGAAGCCUUUCAUGGAUUAUUUAGAGAGAAAAAAUAUUACAGUCAAAUGAAAUCGUGGGCAGGAUUCAAGAUAAAAUCAGCAGAAUAAAAAUGACAAAUAAUUGUAAUAGAGAAACCUUUUGUAAUAGAUAGAGAUAAAAACCAAUAGAAAAGGUUUGAGUAAAAACACUGAGGAGCUGAGAGAGGGAAGUCAGCUUAUGAAAUAAUGUAAUUAUUUGAUUUGAAGGUUAUUGUAAAAAUGUUUGAAAAAAUUAAUAAAAGAAUUGUAUG